AGAUAGGAAUUGUGAUACUCUUGUCCUACACUAAAUUCUCUGAGCUCUUUGCACCAAAAAGAGAAUGGUGUGCAGAGCAGAAGAAGCAAUGAAGCAAAGAGAGAUGAUCAAGAGAUGCAAAGAAGAUGAUCGUUAUCAGAAGAAGAAGAUACAAUCAAUCACUAAUUGCAACAAAGAAAAAGGUUGCAGAUUCAAGCGAAGCACUAGUAAGCUCGACAACGAUGGAGCUUCCUCAGCCAUCUUCCUCCUAGCUUGCAUCGCCUGCUCAUCCUUCUCUUAUCAUCUCUAACUAUCAACAUAUCUUUGUUGUAACAGCAUCCACGGUUAAUUACUAUUUAAUUACGUUUAAAUUACUCUUAUUUUUGUUAAUUCUAUUUAUACUUUGUUCAAUAUGAGGUUUUUAAUCUGCA